UUCAGGCGCUGUUUGGGAAACCGCGUCAAACACCCGCCAGUUUGAAACCUGGAGAAGCGGCGAAUGUGUUGGAAAUAACUUCAUCGCAGAUAUGUCACAGAACGAUGCGUUAAAUGAUGAUGACCUUGAGAAAUCCGGGGAAUCACUCAUUGAUUUCAUCAAGAGCAGUAAGGCAGAGAGUGCACUUCAAGGAGCGAGAGAGAAGCUGCAGGAGUUCUUUGUCCAUCACAUCAAGACCAAGAAGACCACAACCGAGAUCUUAAAUAGUCUUGUGCAUGCAAAGGAGGUGGUCAGCCAGAAACUGCUACAUUUAGAGGGGCAGAAGACCCAGAUGAUGCAGGAGAUCGAGAGAAUGGAACAGGAAGUUCAGAGAAGCCUGUCCAAAAGUCACACCCUGAACUCAGAGCAGGAAUUCUUACAGCGAGAGUUGGAAAGACUUCGAGAUGCUGAGCAAGAAAUUCAAACCCUGCAACAGGAAGUGGAUGAGGACACAACUGAGGUCAUUCCUUCAGUCAUAUAUGUUGCUCAGCUCUACUUCAAAGUUACCAAGAUAAAGCUGGAGGUCGACACUGAGCCACACAUACUGAGGGGAGUUUCCUAUGGUGCUGAUGUGGUUACCCCUAUCAACAUAGACACAUCCGUCCGUUCCUCCUGUGAUGUCAGUGAUGAGCUAUGGAGCCUGGUUAAUACCGAGUGGUAGACCCUGUACACACAUAAUCACUUUUAGUCCCGAAAUGUUAGCCAAAAACAUCUGUCUGUUGUUUAUAUAUAUAUAUAUAUGUGUGUGUGUGUGUGUGUGUGUGUGUGUGUGUGUGUGUGUGUGUGUGUGUGUGUGUGUGUACAGAUGUGUUUUGUAUGUUUGUUAAUAAAUUGGACUCACAUGCUACUUUUGAGUCACACCACAAGAUGUCACUAUACAUUUAAAAGUAUCUCUCCCAUGCUGAAAAUUCCCUUUUUACAUUCCUGGAAUAGCAUUUUGUGAGUAUUUUGAUAUUAGGCUCCCCUGCAAUUUCCACAGAGGAAUAAAUCUGAUCCUCUGAAACAGUGAAACAAUUAGUUGCAAACGGUUUUAUACAGUAUAAGUAAAAACAUAGUAUAUUCAAAUGAAAUAUAUUAAUGUUAAUACUAUUAAUCCUGUUUUGCUCUUGGUGUGAAUAGAUUUGCUCAUUGGCAAUUCAUUUCACUUUUUCGUUUCAUUCCUAGUGUGUUUAAGCCUAAAAGUACUUUUCAUUUUUGCUGGCUAGCAGCAUGGAAGUCAUAUUAAAGCAAUAUUCCAGGUUGAAAACAAGUUAAGGUCAAUCGACAGCAUUUGUGGCAUAAUGUUACCACAAACAUUAAUUUUGAAUUAUUAAUGAAUUAAUGAAAUUAAUUAAUGAAUCUUUCUUUUUUUAAAGUGAGGUACUUGCAAUGGAAGUUAAUGGGAGCCAGUUAUUAAACGUUAAAAUACUCACUGGUUCUCACUGUUUUGUGUGUUAACAUGAUUUUAGUGUGAUAAAACCGCUUGCUAAUCUUUUCUGUGUAAAGAUAUAUCCAAUUUUACAACAUCUUCGCCAUGACGAUGAAAUGCCGUGAACCCUAAAACAACGAUUUAAACAACUUUACAGUUCAAAUAAUACACAAGUUUUAAGAGCAGAAUUAAUGGAGGUGCUUUUAUAAAAUUAUAAGCUUCACAUUUCUGCCUUUAAAUCCUCCAGAAAUUGGCCCCAUUUACUUCCAUUGUAAGUGCCUCACUGUAGCCUUGAUUUUUGCUUUUUUUUAAAGAAAAGGAGGGAUGAGUCAAAAAUAUGUUUUUGUGGUAAUCAACAUUAAGCCACAAAUGCUGUCGACUGAGCUUAACUUGUAUCGAACAUGGAAUGAUUUAUUGGCUUGAUUUGAGUCAGUGCCUCAAGUCUAAAAUCUGAUUCACCACUGGACACCUAAAAAGUGGAAACUGUCCUGAAAUAUAUGAUACUGUGAAUUUUUAUAAAAUGUAGUGAAGUGAGAAGCGCUGGUCAUGAUCCUGGUAGAUACAUUAAAUACAUUUAUUUUAUAAUAUUAAUGUUCAUUUUAUAUAACAUAUGACAACAAUGAAUAUGGAUAUUCAGCUUAGUUAUCCCAUCAUUAUUGCGUGACCAAUUUAACCUUUGCUUGUCUAACUUCAUAAAUGAGUCACACAAUAACCUAGUUUCUGAGAUGCAGAGACUAGCUGUUUCAAUUUUGAUAAACAUCCGGACUGGCACGAGCGAAUGACCUUUUUCUGCAGGUUUUUUUUUUUUUUUUUUUUGCAAAGACAGAGCAGUGAGAAAAUGCUAUGUGUGGCUCAUGCCCUGUGAAAUGUCAAAACCGCAUUGAAUAUAGUUUAGUUUAUGCCUGGUUAACAUGUGGUGUGAUUGUAGCAACUGGAAAUCAGCUCAACUCACUUCUCGAGCUUUUCUUUACAGUUUGAUUUGUGCAUUUGUGGUUUUAAAGCUCACCACAAUUUUUCAGAAGUAUUUGCUCAUAACGUAGUAGAUAAAGUUUCCACUGCAUUUGUUGAAAACUUUUCAUAUUUGAUGAGAAAUGUAAAGUGUGCCAAAGCUAAAAUAUAAUGUAUAGAAGUCAUUUGUUCUAGCACAAACAAAUCAACACCACUUUUGCUGCAGUUAAACAAAAAAAAAAAGAAUUCUCACAAACUGCAAAACAUUCAAGAAAAACAACUUUAAUUAAUGCACAUAUAAAAAUGUUUAUAAGGCUCAUAAGGAUAAAAUACAUUUAAACAAAUGCUAAUGCAUUCGGUUUUCAGAACAAAGACAGACAUAGUUUUUACAGAAAUAAAAUAUUGCCAGAAGAUCAGUGCUGUUUUUUUUUUU